UCCUGUUUCCUUCUGUCAAAAAGUUUGAAGCUGUGAAGCUGUGAAUUAUUGUGAAGUUUACUUCGAAAAUACUGGAAAAGUCCAAAUCGUAAUGAUAAUAAAAUAAAGACAAAAGUUAUAGUUAUCCAGUGAAUAAUUGUUGUAGUUAUCCAGUGCGCUUUGGUGUAGCCUUUUUGUGUGGACGAAUAAUUACGACGUGGGUAUAUUUUCUUAAAGAUUCCAUGCUUCAUCACACAGGAUGGCAAGUUCGGCACAGCCUAGUUCGUCAACGUGUCGCGAGUAGCGCCACCAGAACGCGACGCCAUAGCGGCCGCGAAUCAUGACGAGAUUCGGACAUACCAGGCCGCACGCGAACGGGACACCUGCGUACGAGCUGACCCUGGGCGCGGGCGUCGCGGACGAGAGCGCUGCGGGAUGCGCGGAGAGCGCCGGCGGGACCGCGCACCCGCCGCUCCCGGACCACCCGGACCAGCCGCCGCACGACCCGCGCAAACGGAGGAACUCGCACAACAUGCGUGGCGCAUGUUCGGAGGCGGAUAGCGAGGGCUGCUACCCCACGGAGCACCCGGAGCACCCUUACGCCUGCCAACAGCAACCCUCCCAGGGUGUGCGAAAACGGAACAACUUACAGUGCUCGGCCUCGGACAGUUACGACUUAGCAACCUGCGAUGUCCUCUCCGUUUCUUCAUGCUCCACCGCCACCGCUGCCAGGAAAAGAAAAACUUCACCCUAUUGCGCGAGCAGUACAUACGACGAUGAUGGCAAUGAGGAUACACGAUCCAUCCGCAGCGUGUCUGAUAAAAAACAAAACCACAGCGAGAUUGAGAAGCGAAGACGCGAUAAGAUGAACACCUACAUAUCGGAGCUGAGCUCUAUGGUGCCAAUGUGCGGCGCCAUGGCUCGUAAGCUCGACAAGCUCACAGUAUUGCGCAUGGCCGUGCAGCAUCUACGCUCGGUCCGCGGCGCACUCUCCGCCGGACCGCUGACCGCGAGACCGCGCCCCGCGUUCUUGUCUGAACGCGAGCUGAACGCGCUGGUGCUGCAAGCUGCCAAAGACUGCUUCCUGAUGGUGGUCGGCUGCGACCGGGGCAGGCUCCUCUACGUGUCCGCUUCGGUGACGAGGCUGCUGCACUAUGAUCAGUCGGAGUUACUAGGGCAGAGUUUAUUCGACAUCCUGCACCCUAAGGAUGUGGCCAAGGUGAAAGAACAGCUGUCCUCGUCCGACCUUAGCCCUCGAGAGCGACUCAUUGAUGCUAAGACAAUGCUACCAGUAAAAACCGACGUAAUAGCCGGAACAUCCCGGCUCUGUCCCGGAGCGCGGCGCUCCUUCUUCUGCCGUAUCAAGUGCCGAGCGAGCGCCGAGCCAGCCUCGUCUAGUACGGUCACCUCUUCUACCCCCAGCCAAGUCAAGGAGGAAGCGGAGCCUAACGCCAAGCCGAGGAAAAAGCAAGCCGAGAAGAAGUACUGCGUAGUACAAUGCACAGGGUACCUGAAGUCAUGGGCGCCAGCAGAGAUGUGUGACACGGGGAAUAGCUCAGACAGCAUUCCGGAUGACGGAGAGACGUGCAACUUAUCCUGCCUCGUGGCCGUGGGGCGCGCGCUCAGCGACCUGGCGCCGCAGAGCACGCCCGCGCCGCACGCGCGCUUCCUGCAGUACAUAUCCCGCCACGCUACGGACGGCAAGUUCCUGUUUGUGGACCAGAGGGUGACUCUAGCCCUGGGUUUCCUCCCCCAAGAGCUGCUGGGCACAAGUCUGUACGAGCACGUGAGCGCACUGGAGCUGGGCGCAGUGGCGCGCACGCACAAGGCGGCGCUUCUGCGCAAGGACGCGCUGCGCACGCCGCCCUACUGCUUCAAGCGGAAAGAUGGUACCUACGCGCGGAUACAGACACAUUUCAAGCCAUUCAAGAAUCCGUGGACGAAGGACGUGGAAUGCCUCGUUGCUAACAACACCGUGGUCACGCACGAGUGGGCGGAGCCUGCGUUGGACGACUGCCAGCACUACGACAUGUACAACCAAAGCGAGCCGUUCUGCGAUGACCUUGAUAGUCGGCUUUCAGAGGCCGAUGUGGAGAUGCAACGCCUGAUCGACUCUCAGAUCGAGUCGCACAAGAUCGGUUCCACUAUCGCAGAGGAAGCCUUGAGGAGAUCGUCCACGGAAUUCUCGCCCGAGCUCCCGGCAGAUUUGCUCCAGGAUGCUGUGUUCAACCAACAGCCAUCCCUAGUUGACAACCUUCUCGGUGGAGACACAGUCAACUAUGACAGCCAAGUCCGCAACAACGUGCCACUCAGCGCAGCGGGCGCCGAGGGGUCCCCUCCUCCAGAGAUCAACAACCUCCCAUCAGCGAGCCCGCCGCCAACCUCACCCCCGCUCCCUUCCCUUGGCCUCGAUGGCAACGGGGAAGCGGCUAUGGCAGUUAUCAUGAGCCUCUUAGAAGCCGACGCCGGUUUAGGAGGACCAGUCAGUUUCUCGGGAUUACCGUGGCCCCUACCCUGAGCUCUGUGUUAUACAUAUACAAAUAUUUGAAUUACAUUUAAGUGAAGUUGUAAACACACUCAGUUUGGCUUCAGGAUUAGAAAUGCUACUUAAAACUUAAAGUCACCAUAAAUAUUUAAUGGAUUUUAUUGUUACAAUAGUGAGUGAUUUCCAUUUUAAUUGUGGAAUGUACCGGCUAUACUCACGUAUUAAUUAGGCUCUGUAAGCCCAAGGAGUUUCGAACCCAUCCCGGGUCCUGUUUCAUAGGGACCCAGCUCGCUGCGAAACUACUUGGGCUUACAUCGACUAAAUACGUGAGUAAAGCCGGUACAUUGUAUAUUUAAUUGAUGUUAGUUAUAAGUCUGCAGCCCAGCUGGGAGUGGGUGCGUCCAGCGGGCGCGUUGCCAUACCCUCCGACCCGCUCCGAUGCGUCCGCGCGUCUUCCUUCCAAUUUCUUGUAAAUAAUGAGGGUUUGUUCUCCACGCUGGCCGGCCCCGUAGGAUGCACCCGCUCCCACCUGGGCCGCGGACUAAGUCAUUUUAAAUGAUCAGUUUGGCUAGCCCGUUUCCUUCAUAGAUUGUAUUCAGUCUUAUCAUCAUUUAAGGUGCAUUUCCAAUGAAGCAGAGCUGUCCAGGGGCAUGUGUUUUCAACUAAUCAGAUUUUAGAGUAACGUGAUAAAUCAAAUUGCCAUAGUUUACAUAUAGUAGACACAUGGUGUUGCAAUCUGUAAUGUCACAAAAGACGUAAGCUAGCCGAGCAGUAUUUGGGCCGGCUUACAACUAACCAAUACACGACAGGUCGAGAUGGCAAUCGGGGAAGAGACCCCGCACAGCCGCACGUCACCCGUACUCCCGCAGCGACGAAGGCUGUGUGUGAUUGCCAUCUCGACCUUUCGCCUACUAUACAUGAAAAUUGUGCUGGUAACUAAUUUUAAUUUGGGCACCAUUACUUCAUACUUUGUGCCGCCUUCAUAAUUUGUAAUUUUUGUCCGACUGCGGCGAAGCCCAAAAGAGGGUUGCGUGUUUGACCUGUAAGUAUGUAUGUCCGCCCGUAAUUAAUCAUCGGCUCAACCGAUUUUGAUAAAUGAUACGUUAUUAGAUUCGUAUCUAUGACGCGAGAGUCUCUGAGUCAAUAAAAUUCUUAAAGAAUCAAAAUGGCGGAUUUUAUGUGCUUUAAUGUGCGGGCUG